AUGGCUGUAGCUGCAGACUCUUCACCAUCCUUGGACAUAUUAGUAAGAGGUCCCGAGGGUUUUUCUAUUUGGAACGGCCCACCCUUCAUCAAUGGCGAGCCGCGCGUGAAGCUCGGCCAAAUACCGUGUACGACCACAAAGUUCAGCGAGGAUGGAUCGAGACUCAUGGUUGUUCGAUCGGAUUCUGUCGUCAGCAUCUACGACUCGAGGAGCUUGGUCGAAAUAAGGUCUUUGCAAGUGCCCAAUGUUCUUGCCGCCAGUAUAUCCCCAUGUGGGACUUACAUUCAGACCUUUCAGAAGUCUACUGGUCCGCAGGAUAAAAAUGUGGCUUUGUGGAAGGUGGACAAUGGCGAAUCGGUUUAUCAAAUGUUUCAGAAGAACAUGACUAAAGCCACAUGGCCGGCAAUUCGGUUUAGCUCUGAUGAAGCUGUAGCGUGCCGAUUGGCGACAAAUGAAGUGCAAUUCUUUGACCCUAAAGAUUUAUCCAAAGGGAUUGUUCAUAGGUUUAGAGUGCCUGGAAUUGCUGCUUUUGAACUUUCAAGGAAUCCUGGGUCGUACUUUGCCUCGUUUGUUCCAGAAUCGAAGGGGAUGCCAGGGAAUGUUCAGAUAUUUUCUUGUGCAAAGGAGUUACAGAGUCAACCUGUUGCUCGGAAAAGUUUCUUCAGGUGUUCAUCAGUACAAUUGAAUUGGAACUAUGGUUCCACUGGGAUCUUGGUUGUUGUGCAGUCGGACGUCGAUAAAACAAAUCAGAGUUACUACGGAGAAACGAAGUUAAAUUAUCUGACGACAGAUGCAUCUUAUGAAGGAAUCGUGCCACUCCGUAAGGAAGGGCCUGUACAUGAUGUUCAAUGGUCGUCUGCCGGAAAAGAAUUUGCUGUAGUUUAUGGAUUUAUGCCUGCAAUGGCGACGAUAUUUGACAAGAAGUGCAAUCCAUUACUAGAGCUUGGGACUGGCCCAUACAAUACAAUUAGGUGGAACCCGAAAGGAAAAUUUAUAUGUUUGGCAGGGUUUGGGAAUCUACCUGGUCACAUGGCUUUCUGGGAUUAUUUGGAAAAGAAGAAAUUAGGAGAAACAAAAGCUGAAUUAUCUGUGUCAAGUGAAUGGUCGCCAGAUGGACAAUAUUUUAUGACUGCCACCACAGCUCCAAGACUGCAGGUCGACAAUGGGAUCAAAAUAUUUUGCCACAAUGGAUCAUUGUACUUCAAGAGGAUGUUUGACAAGUUGUUCCAGGUAGACUGGAAACCAGAGUCGCCGGACAAGUUUGGUGAUAUUUCAGAACUUUCAAAAUCUGUCGACUCCUUGAAAUUGGAAGAACCGAAAAAACAAGGACAAGGGUCAAAAGCUGUUCAGGGCAACUCAAAAGCUGCUGCAUCCACACCAUCUGCUCAGAAACCUGCUGCUUAUCGUCCACCCCAUGCUAAAGCAGCUGCUGCAGCUCAGGCAGAGCUGUUUGGAGUAAACCCUUCUGGAGAAAUGAGCAAGAAUGCACUAAAAAAUAAGAAAAAGAGGGAAAAACAAAGAGAGAAAAAAGCAGCAGAUGCUGCCUCUGGUGCUGGUGAAUCUUGA